AUGUGCCCUCCCGGCGACCCUGAACGGCAAUUUGUCUCCGCGGAUGCUUUGAACACGGUGUGGCUGUACCGGGAGGGAAGAAGUGCGAGUCGGCUCGACCUUUUCCACAAACAGCUCACAGCGGCAGAGCGAGAUCCUGGCAUAAAUGAGAGAUACCUCAAGUUACUCUCGGUGCUGGUCUGGAUUCAAUAUCCCUACGAAGCAUGGCGGGAAUUUGCGAAAACCUUCCCCGAACUCAGCAUCAGUGAUCGCCAAGGCUGGCAAGACGACAAGUUCCCUUUCCAAGAUGCGAAGCCCUUGCACGCUCUCUUUGAGAGCGAGAUCGAUUUCGAUACCCACGGCCAGAGUUUCCUAAGGAACCAGUAUCUGUUCUCACCCGCACGCAUCCACGAGUUGCCACUCUCGGACUCCGAAACUGGCAUCAGGCCCUUGCCCGACUCGAUGCGCUUGCCCUUCCUGGAUGCAGGAAAACUGCUCCAUCAUGGUACCCACAAAGUCACGAGGCGCAAGGUGGCCAAAGGAGAGAUCCAGACGUUGAAUGGAGAGCCCCUGCCAUUGGUCGCCGUGAAGACGUUUUCGCCCGACCAGAAACGGCAAUUCCUCGCCGAGCUGUAUAAUCUGAAGCUGAUGAAAAAAGCCCCCUUGAUCCAUCCAAAUAUCCAAUCCUGUUUCUCGGCCAUCCAGAUUGGCUCGACAGGUCAUCUCAUCUUUGAGCCCGCAGAGUGCAACCUCUCUCAAAUCCUCCACUGGCAGGAUACCUUCUCCGCAAGCUUCUGCGAAGAUAUCCGGCGCGAUCUCCGCCCGAGCUACUUGCUCUGGGAAGCAAAAGAUCUGAGCGAUGCUCUUGACUGGCUGCACAACGGCUUUAGGCCUAGAAUGUCGUCCGACAUAUUUAGGUGCUACCACCUCGACUUGAAACCGGACAACAUACUGGUCUUCCCGCCGACCGACUCAGCUGUACACGGCGAUAUUUGGAUGUGGAAGAUAGCCGACUUCGGUGGAUCCGCAAUCAAGAACAUGCGCGACAUAGCGCAGGACAACCCCGACGACAACGGCCCCGCCAUCGCCACGAUUGGACGUCUACGCACCGGAGUAUAUCAAGCACCCGAGAUCGAAUCCAGGGAGCACGAACCCGGCACAGCUGCUGAUAUUUGGUCAUAUGGCUGCAUUCUGUUGGAGAUUUUGGCUUUCGCUCAUGGGGGACCCGGUGGCGUGAAACGCCUUGAGGGAGUUCGCAACGGUACCACUACCGGCCGGUCUCACUUUUACGAUUCAACGUUUGCCCUCAGAGCAGAUAUCCGCUCGUGGAUAGAUGAGCUGGAAAUAUUCGACGAGGGGCUGUGCGAAUUUCGGGAACAAAUCUAUCGCCUUCUUCACCAAGACCCUGCAGCCCGCCCAAACGCUCAAGAUCUCAAGAGGCCCUUCGAAGCUGCCUGGGAUAAGGUCAGCAAAGGAACUGCAAAUGGCUUGAUAUUUCCAACACCGUCCAAAGCCCCAACCUCGGACCAAGCAGCCGAUGUCGACAUACCAAUCCAUGAUCCAGCCUUGAUUCGUCUCAAAGAUGGCCCCCAACAAGUUGACCGGCCAGUCAGCAACUUUCUUCGAAAGACGCCAUCAAUGUGUCGCAUGUCCACCACCGGCGAUUGCGCAAUAGUGCAGGUAAAAUCCGAACGCAAUUACUCUGCCUUUGGUGUGUUUCCGGAGUGGAACGAAACAUCUAUACAAGAGCCUCGCAGUCUGCUGGAGGGAGAAGAGCCACGCAGAUACAGCGUCGAGAAGAUUGCAGCCCAAGGCACUGUUUGUGCGGCAUUACUUCGUACUGUGGGAAGCGACGAAUUCCAGCUACUACUUUGUUCCCAGGACAAACGGACCUUCCAUAGUUCAAGUAAAGGCACUGAACUAUCAGUAUCCGCACAUGGAGACUGCAUUGUUCACAAUGACAACAGCCUGAAGAUCUUUUUGAGUGGCUGCAAUCACGCCAGAGAGCUGAUUCUCCCCGGAACUUUAAAAGGAGCGUGUUUCAGCAAUGAUGGGAAGUGGGUAUAUGUCUGGUCGCGAACGGAUGCAAUGGACUACUGGCAGAUUUUCGACGUUACAUCCGGUGACCCGAAACCGUUCCUACAACUUCAGCGCCCAUUUCUGAGGUCUCACCACCCCCGCUUUCGAAAUCUCCUAAUCGCAUUGAGAGAUCCAUCAGAGAAGAGCAGCAUCCGACCACUAUUCCUCACCAUUGACAAACACGGGAAUGCAAACGCUCUCAUCAGUAACGGGAAUGCUUUUUACGUCCACUCCAUUCAAGGCGAGUUCAGUGGCUAUGACGGAGGAGCAGCCACCGAAGACGGCCGGUCGAUCCUGCUGGUUCAUCAAAGCCAAGCAAACAGAACACCCGAUUUACACCUUGUCGACCUCGAUCCCGAGAAGCUCCGGACUACCGACCCAGACCAACCUCUAGUGCUGAGGUAUGAUGAGCUUGAAGCACCCUACCUAAGGGACUACAUGGCCGAUACCGGAUUCUCCAUAUCUUCGGAAGAAUCAAAUGUCUAUGCUUACUUUGCUAUUAAGUUCAGGGGCGACAUAGUUCUAAAAAGGGUCCAUGUGGGAGGAUACAAUGAAUGA